AAGCCACCUCUCCAGUUUCUCGAAGAGAACCCUACUGGCGAUAAUACAGUCAACCUCAGACCAGACACAGAAGAGCAGUCUCCCUUACAAGGUUCCAGGUCAAACAAAGGGAAAAACAGAACCACUGCUACUCAAUAAAAACAGCUGACAAUCAGCACACCUUCGGUUCAGUUCUUCAGUCUCUCUAAUCUACCGGAUCAGCAACCAUAAACCAUGAAUCUCAUCAACAUCAAGGCUCACGUCUCCAAUGGAACUGAAGUUCAUGCCUUCGCUUGUGGGACUAUUUCAAUGCCCAAGUCUUGGUCAAGACCCGUGCGUCAGGGUCAGUCGAACGAGCUGUCAUGGAUCAAAAGAGAUGGAUCGUUGGGCCGGCUCAGAUGUAGAAAUUCGCAGCCUCUUAGAGGUGUGGAGAGGACUAAAAAGUUGGAAGUUAGAGCCUUCACAGAGGAACAGGAAGCUCUAGUCCUCAAGUCAUGGAAUUCAAUGAAAAAGAAUGCUGCUGAACUGGGUCUCAAAGUUUUCCUCAGAGUCUUUGAGAUUGCACCAUCAGCCAAGAAGCUAUUUUCGUUCCUGAGAGAUUCAGAUGUUCCUCUGGAGCAAAACCCGAAGCUCAAGGCCCAUGCCAUGACUGUAUUUGUUAUGACUUGUGAAUCGGCAGUACAACUUCGUAAAGUCGGAAAACCUAGCGUGAGAGAGUCCAACUUAAAAGAUUUGGGUGCUACUCAUUUCCAAUAUAAUGUGGUGGACGAACAUUUUGAGGUUGUGAAGUUUGCAUUGUUGGAAAUCAUCAAAGAUGCAGUGCCGGAGAUGUGGUCGCCCGAAAUGAAGAGUGCAUGGGGAGAAGCUUACGAUCAGUUGGCAGCCGCAAUCAAGAGUGAAAUGAAACCUCAGGUUUCCACCUGAUAUAUAUCCACCCACAGACACUCCAUGAGAGAGAGAGAGAGUUCUACUAAAACUUGAUGAGAUGUAGAAGUAAUGUGUGGAGUUGUCUUCAAUAAUCCUGCAUGGUGCUGUAUAAUUUCUUCCCAUUAUACAGUUUCAUCAAUAAUGAAAUAGCAGCAAUUUCAUGUUUCUGAUGAA